AUGGCCGACGUCAACAUGUUGAAGCGGCACCUGUGCAAGACGACCGGCGUCCCACGAUUCCGGCAGAGGCUUCUGCACAACGGCAAUGCGUUCGAGGAUCUCGUCUUGCAGCCAGAUAUCGAUUUACAGCUCAUCGUGCUGCCCUUUCCUGAGGUCUCCCCCCAGGCUCAGCAGCAGUUGACAAACUCGGUGUUGCGUGGCAACGCGGAUGAACUUCGGUACUGGUUACCGAGAGGCUGGGACCCCUCAGCAUUUGUGAAGCGACCCUCGUCCAAGUGCCGUCGUUUUGUUUCCAGUCCUCAGCUGAUGCUAGCAUGUUAUAUUCGAUGUCGUGUGGCAGCUGUGACAGUUGCCGAACUGCUCCUGCAGGCAUAUGCUGACAUAAACGCACAGGAUGAGGAAGGAGUCACGCCGAUACAGUGUGCGCUGACGAGAAGCCGCAUCGAACUGGUUCGCUUGUUUGUGGAGGCCAAGGUUGACCUCAACGUCAAAGAUUCAAGUGGGAAGACACCUUUGCAUCUAGCGGCGGAUCCAAAGGCGCGAGUCAAUGCCGCGGAAAUGAUUCGCUGGCUCGUGCAGGCAAAAGCUGGCAUGAAUGUGCAGGACGGACGUGGGCAAACAGCCCUUCACCUGGCGGUAAGAAAUAACGCCGUAGAAGCUGCUCGCUUGCUCGUGGAGGCCAGGGCUGACAUGAACAUCGAGGAUAACAAACAUGUGACAGCGCUCCGUCGAGCACUGCAAAGUGACUCCAUGGACGUGGCUCGCUUGCUGGUGGCGGCAAGGGCUGACAUCAACAGCCAAGACAGAGCUUCUACUCAAGCGCAAAGCAACAACGUGGAAGCGACUUGCUUGCUCAAGGAGGCAGGGGCUGACCGCAACGAAGAUGAAGAGGGGCGAACAGCUCUUCAUGAUGCGGCAGCCAGAGGGCGCUUGGAAGUAGCCCGCUGGCUCCUGGAUGCGCGUGCUGACAUAAAUAUCCAGGACAAAAGUGGGCAAACAGCUUUGCAUCUAGCGACGCGAAUCAACUGUGUUGCGGUGGUUUGCUGCCUCAAGGAGGCAAAUGCUGACAUGAACCUUCAGGACGGAAGUGGGCAGACGGCCCUUCACCUAGCGGCGCGAGCCGACCACAUGGAAGUGACUUGCUUGCUGGUGGAGGCAAGGGCCGACAUCAACACCCGGGACAGAGGGCAAGUGACAGCUUUUCAUCAAGCGGCGCAAAGCAGCAACGUGGAAGCAGCUAGCUUGCUGAAGGAGGCAGGGGCUGACGCGAACGCCCAAGAUGAAGAGGGGCGGACAGCUCUUCAUGAUGCGGCUAUCGAGGGGCGCGUGGAAGUGGUUCAAUGGCUCGUAGAGGCAGGGGUCGACCGGAACAUCCAGGACCGGGAUCGCAAGACGGCUCUGCAUCAUGCGGCGCGAAAGAACCGUGUUGGAGUUGUUCGGGUGCUGUUGCACGCAGGGGCGAAGAUGAACAUCCAAGACAAGAAGGGACUGACGGCUCUUCAUCUUGCGGCGGCCAACAGUCACCUGGAAGUUGCUCGCUUCCUGGUGGAGGCAAGAGCUGACAUGAAUCUCCAGGACAGGACUCAGUUCACGGCUCUUCACCACGCCGCAAAAGUCGAUUGCUCGGAAGUAGCUCGCUUGCUGGUCAAGGCUGGGGCGGACAUGAAUAUCCAGGGCAAGAAUGGGGCUCUGUCUUCUUUGUCCUUGCAAGUGGAGCGCCUGCUUUAA